UCACUGCAACCUCCGCCUCCCAGGUUCAAGCGAUUCUCCUGCCUCAGCCUCCCUAGUAGCUGGGACUAUAGAGUUUUGCGCUUGUUGCCCAGGCUGGAGUGUAAUGGCGCGAUCUCAGCUCACAGCAACCUAUGCCUCCCGGGUUCAAGUGAUUCUCCUGCCUCAACCUCCAAGUAG